AUGUUUAUGAAUUUCAUUAAAGAAGUCAUUUGUGAUAAUAACGAUGAAGUGUAUAAAUACCUUCUCGGCUGGAUUGCAUCAAUGAUUCAACAUCCUGGAAUCAAGAAUGAAACAGCAAUUAUUUUGAAAGGACUUCAGGGAACAGGUAAAAACAGAUUUACAGACAUUAUUUCUGAACUUCUCGCUGGUUAUUCAUGUAAAAACAUUACUGAAAUAGGUGAGCUAACGGGUAAUUUCAAUUCAGUAGUUGAGAAUAAAAUGUUUCUUGUACUUAAUGAACUCAAGAAUGUAGGUGAAGACAGACUCGCAAACUUCAACGCUUUGAAAUCAAUUAUUACGGAUAAUGAGAUUAGAAUUAAUGAAAAGAAUCAACCCAGAAGAACAGCACAGAACGUUGCAAACUUCAUUUUCGUAACUAACAACGUCUACCCUGUCAAAAUUGAAGUUGGAGACAGAAGAUAUGUAGUUUUAAGAGUUAAUGGUAAAUUCAAGGGUCAAUUUGAUUACUUCAAGAAUUUGAUGAAUUCAUGCACUAAGGAAUUUUAUGAUAAUUUGCUAACAUAUUUUAUGCAAUAUGACCUUUCAUCAUUUAAUGUACGAAUCAUACCGAUGACUGAAGCCAAACAAGAUUUAAUUGAAUUAUCAACAAAUCCUUUAGAUGCAUGGAUAAAUACACAUUAUGAUGAAUUGUGUGCAGGUAUGACAUGUAAAAAUGCUCUAUUCUGCAAACCAUCAGACAUGAAAGACAAGAAUUUCCAAAUGAGUAUUAAGGAUAAAUGUGAUAGGAAACAGGUAAGAAUAGAUGGUAAACAAACAUGGUGUUAUGUUUUGAAAGAAGAAAUGAAAGGAUUAUAUAAACAGGUUGAACCAAACGAUAAUGAGGAAUCAUUUACUGACGAUGAAAUACCUGUAAAUGAAGCUUUAUAA